UCCCCACAUUAACACCCACAUUUGGCCCCAGGAGCAAACCUGGGAAUUUGUAGGACCCAGCAGACCUCCCAGCCCCCCGGCUUCACCUGUUCGCCUGCACGUUUCUUCCCCCUUUCUCUCCACUUGGGCAUUGCCUUCCAUCGCCCCGCGACUACGACCCAUCUGACCAUGUACGCGUGCAGCUUGCUGAUCCUCUGCGCGUCUCUGGCCGGUGCCUCCCGGGCCGACAUUGUGUUCCGCUGCCCCGGCUGCACCGCGGAGCGCCAGGCGCUGUGCCCGGGGCUCGCCGAGACUUGCGCGGAGAUCGUGCGCGAACCCGGCUGCGGGUGCUGCCCCGUGUGCGCGCGGCAGGAGGGCGAGAUGUGCGGCGUGUACUCCCCGAGGUGCGCCACCGGUCUGCGAUGCUACCCGACGCCCGACUCGGAGCUACCCCUGGAGCAACUGGUGCAGGGCCAGGGGCAAUGCCGGCGCAAAGUGGACACCGAGACGGGCGCGUUGAGCCAGGAGCACCGGGAGCAAACCAGCGGGGAGGCCGUGGAGCCGCCGGCGCCGCCCGAGCAGGCCGCGAGCGAGGUCCCGGCGGCCGCGCGGAAGCCCAGCAAGGAGAGCGCCUGGCUGGGGCACAAGGAGAGCGCCGUGCGCCAGCACAGGCAGGAGAUGAAGACCAAGAUGAAGACCAACAAGGGCGAGGAGGUGAAACCCGCGCGGCCCAAACAGACUCAGUGUCAGCAGGAGCUGGACCAGAUCCUGGAGAGGAUAUCCAAGAUGCCCUUCAGAGACAACCGAGGUCCCCUGGAAGACCUGUACGCCCUGCACAUCCCCAACUGUGACAAGAGGGGGCAGUAUAAUCUCAAACAGUGCAAGAUGUCUUUCCACGGUCAGAGGGGCGAGUGCUGGUGCGUCGACCCCCACACGGGCCGAGCCAUCCCGUCAGCCCCCACCGUGCGGGGCGACCCCAACUGCAGCCAGUACCUGGUGGAGCUGCAGCUCCCCGACAUGGAGCAGAUAUAAAGUGACAGAAGAACCAAACAAACUGUAAAGUACUUGGAAACAAAAGAGCAUCUGAGUAAGCUGUGUAUUCUCUUUCUUUGUGUAGGUGUCUCUAGUUGAUGUGAUGAAAUCUUAACCACCUGAAGGAGGAUUAAACAAUAGAAUCCAGUUGCCUCGCAUUAGCUGCGUUUUCACUGUUUUGUUGUGUUUCGGUUGAAAAGUAAAAAGACGUCAACCCA